GAACCAAAUAAAUUGAUUAAUCAAAUUCAGAAUAAUUUUUACUUUUCAUUUGCAGUAGUCCAAUAGUUAAAUGAUAGCGGCGCCGGUGAAAGCCAGGGAGCUGGAGUGGACUGCCGUUCCUGCGGUCCUAAAUUCCUAACGGCGGAGCCGGCUGCAGCCGCAUCAUACCAUGGGUGGGCAGCACAGUUUGAGAACUCAGGCCGCCCAUGACUUGAAAAUCUUUUGACCUGAGCCUUCAGAUCAACGCGAGUUCCCAAACACGGAAAUUGCUAACCCUAGACUUCGGAAAAUUUUUCAAUCUUCCUUUCAACUCGUCUAUAUUUUGUAAAUCCGAUUUAGUUUUCCACAAUUCGAUCGCGAAAAUGGAUUCCGAAGGCCAACGAGGCGCUACGACCCCCUCUGUCAUGCUCGCGUCUCUUAUAAGCAAGAGAGGCAAGCUUCACGAUGAGCUCCGAAACAUCGAAAAACAGGUGUAUGAAUUGGAGACAAGUUAUUUACAGGAUCCAAGCCAAUGUGGCAAUGUGUUGAAAGGUUUUGAAGGGUUUUUAUCUUCAUCUAAGAGCACUACACUCUUAAAGAGAUCCAGGAAGUUUCAGCCUGAAGAUAGGCUUUUUUCAUUAUCUUCUGUCACCUCUCUAGCGGCCGAGGAGCAAGCAGUCGGACGGGAUGACUUUGGUCCAGGGCGGUCUAAAGGUGGAGGUAUACUAUCAAAUGGACAAGGGAAACCAAAGAAGGGAAGAGCAGCACCAAGGGAUGUUAAGAGAAUCAGGCAAUCAAGUGAACCAGAUUUUGACUAUGAAGAUGAUCCUGAUUUGACUUACUGAUAAUCACUUACCGUGGUUGGCGUGAUGAUUGAUUUUUCGGUGGAAUAUUUGGGUAAUAAUUCUUUUGCCUGUAUGGAAUGCUUUUUUCUGGAUGGAAUGCUUUUUCCUUUAUAAUCUCUGCUGAGGAUGGGAGUUUGCUCAGGCAAACAAAGCCGUUUUUGACCAUUGUAAUGCUGUGGAGUAAUUGAGGUUCAUACCUUAAUUUCCAAGUUUAGGUUCAUUGGGCUUAGGUUGUGCAAUGAGACUAGCUCAUUGUCUAUCUCAUCCCCUUCGCCCUUCAUUCUUCGUCCAUCAUUCCAUCCAAAGGUUUUUGAACAGAGGUUUGGACAUGGGAUCUCGAAACAUGUCUUAUUUUAAAACAUUGUUAUCCCCUAAAUAUCUUUCUGAAACUAGAGUUUGGUGUCA